AUGUCUGAUGUAAUUAAUACAGGUCCUUCUGAAAAGGACAAUGUAGGAAACGUGCAAGGUAAAUCAAAUUACCCGCCAAGUUUUGGCAUGGCGACAGAUGUUGCUACAGAAAAACCAGCCGCUUCCGAAACUGUGAUAGCGUGCACUCAGAAAGAACCUUCAAGUUUUGAACACAAGGGAAUUCAGCUUCAGGAGAGUUUGAAAAGCGACCAGGGAAGUCUUAAUAUUAUUGGGCAGGAAGUUGUUAGAAAUGAAGAAAUGUGUGAUUCAAGAGACUCAGACCAUAAGGAAAGAUCAAGUGAUGACAAACUUGUUGAAGAUAAGCGAAUACAAGAUCAAGGAUGCCCUGCUGAAAUUGUAAAACGCGAUCUUCUUGAGGAAAAUCCGAAAACAAUUCAAUUAGGAAAACCGAGUUAUUUAAGCGGUCAACUGCAACAAGAAAAAGAUAUUGAAGUGAAUAAUCAGCAACUAACUGAUGUGGUUGAGCAGGAUACUUCAUGUAGUGAAAACAAAGAUGUUAUUGACUCGGUCACUGUUGAUAACUGUGAGAAAAGAACAAAUGAGGAUAAACUUGAAAAAGAUACACCAAUGGAAACAGAGGAAUACAGCAACCAAUUGUAUGGUUUCUUUUGUAUUGUUUAUUAGUGGCAUAACAUCACGUUUUAGUAAAAUUCAACUGGUGGUCUAUUAUCCAUGCUGCAUGUUGAUUGAUUGAGCUACUUUUAGGCUAUAGUAGUAGCAAAAAGCGCCGGAUUUUUGGCGGCAAAAAAGGAUUUAAGUCUUACUUUAACUAGCUAAAGUUGUUUUGUCUCGCUAUUUUUAGUUGGAUUUUAUUAAAACAAUUAUUCCUCUCGCCCUCAUGGCCUCUGAGUCAAUAGCCUAUUCGGCCUUCGACCUCAAGGGCUAUUGACUCAGAGCCCAUUCGGGCUCAAUUGUUGAUUAACCUGUGAACAGGCUCUCUGAGUAGCCCCCUGUCUGCUCAUGCUUUCUAGAUUUCUUUAUUAUUAUAUACUCCACAAGAGGGCCUGUUCACACUUAACAUAAUUUUAGGAUUGUGUUCCAAGUUUGUUUAACACUAACCUAAGGCUGUCAGAACUGGAGUUUGAGCAGUGUGUGGAAGAACAAUCUGAAAUCUGCACAAAGGGCAAUGGACAGGAGAUACUACAGACACAGUACACAUGCACAAGGAAAGUAAAGAAAAUUGUCAGGCAAAUUGCAUCAAUUAAAGGGGAGUGGGCUGGGCAUGUCACUGCGCUAUAGAUAACAGACAAACUCUGAGGGUUACUGAAUGGUGUGUUGGGGAGGGUACAAGGUUUGAGAUGCUGGCAUUAUGACAUUGUUGAAGAAACUGCAUGACUGACCGAGAAUAGAUUGGCGAAAGACCGAAGGCUACAUCCGCCUGUGCAUAGACAGAGCCAAAAUAACUAACUAACUAACUAACUAACUACUCAUGAAGAUUUCUUGGUACAUUUUUUUUUUUUCUUUUUUGCAUUACAGAGUUUCCACAAUUAGAUACAACUUCACAACUUCACCCGAGCAAGUGACAGGAGCUUGGCAAGAUUUUGAAUCACCAGCGUCAAACUUUCUAAAGGGUUGCAAAUGGUAGGUAACUCAUAAAUUAUGGGUGGGAAAAAAGAGGGGGGCACUGAGAAGGGAAGGGAGGGUGGUGGGAGGUACAAUAGGUUAAAUGCUGCCUGGUUAGCUCAGUUGGGACAGUGUCAGUCUUCUGAGUGGGAGGUCGCGGGUUCAAUCCCUAGCCAGACCAACACUCUGGGUCUUUAAAUAACUAAGAGGAGAGUGCUGUCUUGGUAAAGACACCUGCCAAUGGUUAGACUUAGUGCUUUUUUGCUGUUGUAAUUCUCAGUGUUCUUCGUCUUCUAGGGCUAGAAGACAAAAGAGAGUGAGAAUUAACCUAGGUUAACAAAUUUUAACCGAAAAUCAAAUUUGACCUGUAACAUAUAUAUACAUGUUAUUGGUCUGAGGUUACAGUAACAUUUUAUGAUUUUUAGGUUGAUUCUCAAUUUCAGUUCCUUUUAAUUUACUGUCUGCCUGCCCUAACCACUCAUGAAUUAGAGUUACAAGACAAAGGAAAUUAGGAAUCAGACAACAUUGGAAAAUUCUAACCUGAAUUGAAUUUUGACCUAUAACAUACAUACUGCUAACUCUUUACAAAGCGUCCCCAUUUUAUCCUUUUCCCACCAUCUUAACAUUCUACAAUUUUACAAUCUCCUUACCCAGUCUUUCCCUUUUGUUUGUUUACCCAAUCUAGGUCACCUGAUGGUUCAUGUGUACUGACAAACAGUGAUGACAACGUGUUGAGAAUAUUUAACCUUCCUGUGGACUUGUAUAAUGGGACAGCUGUGCAUGGACUGUCAGAAAUGGUAUGUAUAUAGUUUGAUUCACACCAUAGGUAGCUUAUGUCACCACGGCAUGCUUAUGUACUGUAUUAUCAAUAAUCCUCAAAUGUCAGGGGUAGGUUUUACGCAGUAAAUGUAAAUGUAUUAAGUUUAUUGUCCUGUACAUUGCUUUAUGAAGCUUUCUACCUCUGCAAAAUGGAACAGAAUGGCAAUUACACCAAAUUACUCUGUUGCAUUAGCUGUUCAUGAUAUCUGCUUUAAAGGGAACCUCCACUUCAACAAAAAGAUAACUUUAAAUCACAGGAAAUAACUGUUACAGUCAAGUCAAUCUAAAAUAUUUUUAAAGAAAGCGUUUGUAUCCGAAAGAAAUAACUUUUAGAUUCGCCUAUUUUUGUUUUCAAAUUUUGCGGGCGUCGCCAUCUUGAAUAAUUGUGACGUGUAAUGGUUGCCCCAUUGUUAUUAAACAAAAGCUCUUUGUGUCAGAACAAUAGAGCAACCGUAACACGUCACAAUAAUAAUUAUUCAAGAUGGCGGCGCCCGCGAAAUUUGAAAGUGAAAAUAAGCGAUUUUAAAAUUCACUUUUCCUGAUAUAAACACUUUUUUUAAGACAAAUUUCGAACAAAUUUGUUUAUCAACAUAAUUUUAUUCGAUUUAAACUUAUUCUGUAGUAAGAGUGGAGGUUCCCUUUAAAGUUAUCACAACAAACUGACCUAGGACUGAUAAACUUUACCAACUUCCAAAAAUGAUCAUUCCCUUUCUGACAAUUCCUCCAAUCUCUAUAAAGUACUACUCCUUAAAAUUUCUCCAAACUGAUAUUUCAUCCUUAAAGUUAUCUGAUUUGUAUUGACAGUGCACAGGUCAUAAGAAUGACAUACUGGUCACCUGACCUGUGGACAAGGAAAGCUUUUUUGGAGCAAAUCAAAGACAUUGAAUAUUUAAUUCAUUUCUUUAUGAUUAUUUGACUCUCCUUUUUAUUUCUGUAAUAUCCAGGUCUUUUAGUCAAUGUAUAAAACUUAACCUAAAACAUUUUUAACAUAAACAUUUUUAUAUCUCCUGCAACAGGUAUCUGUAUUGCAGAUGCCUGAGGGUGAGACUGUCUACGAUUAUUGUUGGUAUCCAUUUAUGUCAUCACUUGACCCAGACACAUGUUGGUAAGCAUUUGAUAAUCAUUUAUCUCACCCGGUCCCAAUACAGUGUGUUCUUAAUUCACUCGCAUGCAGUGUUACAGCCUCAGUUGCAAGCAUCCCUAUUAUAAGCUAACCCCACAUUGCAAACCGGUAAUAUCAGGUAGUAAUAAUUUUGGAGAUGACCAAGAUGACACCACAUUGUAUCAUAAUGUUCAGGUUGGUCAAAAUCUAGCUUGCUCAGCUCCCACAUUGCCUAAAUGUCAAGAAGGCUAAACAAUUGUAAACAUGAUGCAUAAGUUAGUGGAGACAUCUUCUAUAUUCUGUCAAACAUGAUUAAUGAUAUUGUUACAGGUGCUAGUGUGGAGGUGUGUGUGGCCAGGUGGUUAACACCUCAAACUCCAGAUCUAGAGGUCCGGGGUUUAAGCCUUGCUUGUGACGUUGUUCCCUUAGACGAGGAACUUUACUCCACUUUGUCUCUCUUCACCCAGGUGUAUACAUGGGCGCUGGCGACAAACUGCUAGUUUGUGACAGACUAGCAUCCCGUCCAGGGGGGAGUAGCAAUACUCCUAGGCAUGCUUCAUGCUAAAUAAACAGCGAUAAGCUCCGGCUGUUUGGGCCUUUGGCUUGUGAACGCCUUUACCUUAACCUUUUUACCUACAAGUGUUAGUGAGCAUUCCAUUCCUUUCUGUUUCUGUAGUUUGUUGAGCAGCAGUCGUGACCAUCCAAUUCACAUGUGGGAUGCUUUCACUGGUUCAAUAAGAUGCACUUACAGAACUUACAAUCACUUGGUAAAUUCUCCUUCUAUAUUUUGUAAUGAUGUUAUCUGCCAUGAUUUAUCAUUAUAUACAGUCAACUCUCUUUAUAGCAGACACUGUAAGGACACAAGUUAGUAUCCUCAUAAGCGAGAGUCCGUAAUAGUGGGAGUUUAUUUCAGUCAAACGUCUGCAAGUUAUAUUUGCCUGGGAUUUAGCUUCUGUCCUUUAUAGUGGGGUGUCUACAAGGCGAAAGUUGACUGUAAUGUGUAGGUCCUUUGUUAAAGCCCGGUAUGAAUUGGCAAAAUCCAUUGCUUUAUAGUUAUGAUUUUUCCCUAAUUAUUUAUUUUGUUAAGUGGAAAUUUCAUUAAUAAAUUUGUAAAUCCAGCCCACCAUUUUUGAACAUUUUUAUCCCCCCAGGAUGAAUUAGUUGCUGCGAACUGUUUGUCGUUUAAUCUUGAUGGCAGUUGCAUCUAUGCUGGUUUCAACAAGAUGGUUAGAAUAUUUGAUACAGCUAGACCAGGACGAGACUUCCAAGAGAGACCAACCACUGGUACGUUUAUUCUCGCCUGUUUUAGGCAGUCAGAUAGUGGAGAGUGAUGAAAAAUGGAGAGCGGAGGAAAAAACACAGAAAAAAGGGAAAGGAGCAAGAAGGAAACCUUCUCCACCCUCACCUGCACAGGAAAAUGACAGACUUGAAAGAUUUUGUUGAGUGUAGUAAAAUAGUGUCAGGAGGCAUAUGUCCUGUGAAAGAGUCAACCAGAACUGUCCUGUUAGUUUAUGUUGCAGUUAAAAUCCGUUCGCAGGUUAAACCAGUGUUUAGCUUAGUUCGACUCAGAAUUUCCCGCUUCUCAGCCCUAAUUAUUCGUAGGAGAAAAAGGGAAUUUAUUUUUAACCUGAGAACCAAUUUUAGCUACCACAUUUCCACUUGAGGAAUUUCACGAGCACCACACGUUUUCAGUGGUGACCAGCCAUAAUUUUUUUUCCUCAGUCUCUAGAAUUUCUAGGAAACAUACUAUCACACGUUUCUUUCCUUUGUUAUUUCAGUAAAAAAGGAAGGCCAAACUGGAAUCAUCUCAAGCAUUGCGUUUAGUCCUGACAACUCCGGAAUGUAUGCUCUGGGCUCCUACUCUAAAUCAGGUAUCAAUCAGAAAAACGUUGCCGCAACGAAAAGCACUCAACCACAGUACAUCAUUUGUAUGUUUAAUCUGAAGAGAAAUACAGGGAGACGAAGCUUAAAACUUGACCUGCUUUAGCGUUAACCGGCGUUCUCUCACAAGCACCCAUCCUUAACACUCUGUUGGAUGGAAUGUUUACACCAGCGAACAAACUUCGCCUCUGCCGUAGUAGGAGAUUCCAUUUCUAAGUUUACUUUAGUAGCGCAGUCUUCUUGACACAGCAGCUAAUAUUCCUUCUCAGUAAUGAGUAUACACAAGCUGUUGCGAAAUACCUUGAAAAUAGCCAUCCUGACGAAUUUGUCCAUAUUCGCUAUAUUUGCCAAACACAGUUAUUAAUGUAAAUUAUUAUUCAUUCAAAAUAUUUCCCCUAUUCUUAUUGGCUAAAAGCACACGUCUAAUUCACCAUAAUCAGUUACUGAUGACCAAAUUUGGAAGAAAUUUGACUUUAACGAGGAAAUGACGUCAAAAAUGCAGCGUUUUCGCAGGUUAAGGCACCGUUAACCGAGAAGACCUGGGGACGAGGUUGAGUUGUUUUGGUUGUGAACUUGAAAAAAUGGCGGACAUUUCACUCGUUUCAAGAGUAAGAACUAGGCGAAAAAAUAGCUAAAAACAUGGCAAGAACAGCAAGAAGACAACUCGAAGGGCGACAUCUGCUAUUUGGAGAAUAUUUGCGGAGCUGGACAAACCUAAACGUGCACUAUCGAAGAUGAUCAAUGAAUCGAUGAAGGUAAGCAUGUUUUAGCUAUGUUUUUAAACUAGGAAUUAUUUUGAAUGAAUAAUAAAACAGUUAUUGAAUUCGGCUUUCGUAUCAUAUGAAGAAUUAUGGAGAUCUCGGAGGGUGUUAUCCGCCUCGGCCUACGGCCUCGACAGAUAACACCCUCCUCGAUCUCCAUAAUUCUUCAUAAGAUACUCAGCCUCAUUCAUUAACUGUUAAAUAAGUGACUAAAGUAGUCAUAGCUGAGUUGGUAAUUGUGGCAAGUUGUGGCCGCUAUAAUUUCAUCAUAAGACCAAAUCUUUUGAACUUUAAAACCUCGUUCAUUGUCGAAGAAAGGCCGUGGUGAAACUUUUCCAAAGCCGAAACAAAUUUGCAUUUGAGAAUAUGAGAUGAGGAGGGAAUAAAAUAUUGUUUCGUAAAGCUCAACUGUACAGCUCAACCUUUUUGAUAAAUACAUUUUGCCUUUUUAGUUGGUGUGUACUCAGAAUCGGAUGGCCAGCUGAUAUUUUUGCUCCAAGGACAACAGGGUGGGGUAACGCAUGUCAUGUUCUCUCCUGAUGGCACGAAAUUGUACAGCGGUGGCAGAAAGGUAUUGAGUGAAAGAACUUCAAAUAACAUUGCACCCAAAGUUAGAUAGCCUCCCCGCAGACGUCCUUUGAGGUUCGUUUGUCACGCAUUCAUUUCUCCGCCACGGACGGUCCGUGGGGGAGAAAUGAAUGCGUGACAAACGAACCCCAAAGGACGUCUGCGGGGAGGCUAAAAGUUAGAAUGAGACCAGUGUUGCAGGAUUGUCCACGGGUUAGCUUGCGUAGCUGGCGUUAUUGUGUAGUAGUCGAGUGAGAUUUGGCGGCGGAGCCGUUGUAAUAUAGUCGAGUGAGAUUUGACGGCGGAGCCGUCACGAGCGGCGAAGCCGCGAGAAAUACCGCGGUAUUUCAACCGCCUCGUCCCUACUCUCUUUUUUUGGAACACGGCUCCGCCGCCAAAACUUUAAUCUCGCACCCACACAAUACCGCCAGCUACGCAGGCUAUCCACGGGUUAGCAAAUUACACGCGAGCAAGUGAGGCAAACGCGCGGGGUGAUCCCGCGCUUAACAAGCUUACUUGUGCGGCAAUCUCAAGGGUCUCCUAGCCUUCUAAUCCAAAAUUUAAAAAGGGGACAAAGUUUGCGUUCUUGGUGAAAAUUAAAAGCACUGCUUAACACUUUCCUGUUGUGCUUUUAGAUGUUAUGUUGUUGUACCAGUAGUUUUACUUUGGGGUUAUAAACUUUUAAAAUUGAAUGUAACUUUCCAAAUAAAGGCUCUCAAAGAACGUUUUCUUUGAUGCCACGUUUAGGGAGUUCGGCUCUUUUGGCAGUGCAAAACGUAAGAAAGUGGCGAAAGAGUUUAUGGCCAUGACUAGAAAUCAUAGCUAGAUUACGCAGAAAUAUUACACGGCGGAGGGUGUUACAGCGCCCUCGAUCUGCACAGUUCUUCAUAUCAUACUCGACCUGAUUCAAAAAUGGUUUAUUUAUGCUCUAUGUUUACGUUUUCUUACUUUCACUUUCGAGUGUGCAAUCCGUGAUUAGUAAUGCCUACCGCAGACUUGGCUUACGGAGUGCAUUCAGAUAUUGUUUUUGCUUUACAUACAGGACGAUCCGAGCUGGCCCAGUCUGCCGGGCUGGGUCGCUUUGUCAAGUUGCCGAGCUGGCUAACAAAGGUUUUGUUUAGUUUAUUUAGUUUACUCAGAAGCUUCUGGUUUAGUUCAGCUGAGAUCUCGGAAACGCUCCGGCAAAUCGGCCCAGCCCGAGUCAAAUAAUCAAUUAAGUGUAAUCUACAUUCCUCUGCAUUGUACGCGUAAAAUGGUUAGCACCCUAAAAUUGUUUCACGUUAUACAGUAACGUUUUUACUAACUUGCACCUUCAUUGUGUCGGAUAGGAUGAUGAAAUCAUAUGCUGGGAUGUUCGUAACCCUGGCACAGUUCUGUACUGCAUGAAUCGUUCGGUGGAUACCAAUCAGAGAGUCUACUUCGAUAUAGACAGGUAACUGUCCAACGAAGGCAAUAAUCGACGAGUUAGACGCUUAAAAAAACACGUUGCUUUGAUUUCACUUUGGCUUUAUUGCCAUUUGUAAUUCGUUUCGGUUGAAGCUCCCUCUUUUUAGCCGGUUGGUACUAGCAAAUUAUACUAUCCUUCAAUUUCUGAUUGUAUUUGUCUCAAUAAGGUGUAAUGUGGUUCACAUCUUUUUAGUUAAAAAAAAAAACUUUAUGAGACAUGCACGCUACACCAUUUUCAGUCAAUAGAAAAAAAGAAAAUUCCCUUCUUUUCCAUGAUCUCUUAUAAUUAACUUUUUCCACUUAUCCAGUGACCUCCACCAUUAAAAUGUCUCUUUGUCUUUUGACACUCUGUUUUUCUAGUGUUUCAACGUAAGCAAAACUCAGAACACCACAAUGUUCUUAGCCUGCGUAGCAAACGUUUCUGAUGGAGUUAUUACACAAAAAAGUGGAAGAAGUGGGAGGAGAGAAGAGGAAACUCCCUUUCUCCCCUCCUUUGUCGGCGAACUCGCGCGGAAACUCUUGCUACGCAAGCUACGAUGUUCUGACCUGUUAUCACGCCUGAUGGCUUACCCACUAAGUAAAACCCAGCUUCAUUAGCUUUAAUCUGGACACUGAGCCGCUUCUCAGAAAUAUUACACUUGCCUUCCACCUCUUCGGCGCAGGUCUGGACAAUACAUCAUAUCUGGUAACGCCGACGGUACUGUUUCUAUCUGGGAUUCAACAAAUCCACCAGUAACCAGUGAAACAACAACAGAAGCAACACUUCAACCUGUCAUGCAGUUUGUAGCCCAUGGAGACUUUGUGAAUGGUGUCAGGUGAGUAUUCUUGUUUACAAGCCUAACGGAAUUUUUUUCUUCGCCGUUCCAGUCCCGUCCAGGCUUUGCACAGUCUUGAAAAGUCCUUGAAUUUUCUGCAGCUUUGAAUGUAGUGGCCUGAAAAGUGUUUUUCAACGCUUUUUGGUUGUCCAAGACAGAAUAUAAAUCGUAAGCUCAGAGAACUUAAAGUGAUUUACAUAAAGCGUUUUUUGUUAUAUACAAUAAUUGACUAUGAAUAUAAGACAAGUGAACUGAAAAAUGUAGAGAAGUUGGUGGAGCAAACAGUUCAAGCCUUAAAAUCCUGUCGGAAUAUACUGGGAAUGUGCAUUUUUGUACAAUCUGUGAAAUUACAUUCCCGGUAGGUGGUCCUUGAAAAGUCCCUAAAAGAUGGUUACAGUUAUUUGUAUGAACCCUGUCCGUAUCUCGAGGGUACCGGCUAUUACCGGGCCGGAAGGCUGUUAAUAGUUACGUGUUUGUGUUGGAGGUGUUAAUAGUUUCCUUCAAAACGAUUCUAUUAGAUUAUCAGAUACAGAAACAAGAUGGACUGACGGGGGGCUAGAACGCGCAUUAACAUUGGAUUUAGAUUUUAAAAUAUGGCAUCUGGCCCGAAAGUUACCGGAGGGUCUCAAUGAGGUUAACUGUCAGCCGUAGCCUGCGUUGCAACCGGCCCACGCACUCGUCUAAACGAUUUGUAUAGUCCGUGACGCUCUAUAUAGAAGGUUUAGAGCGUCUGCGACGCCUGUAAUGUCAGCCAUUAAACAGCCUAAAAAUACCGUUAACCUUGAAAAAUGUAGCCUGAAAUUCAUCCGAUUGCUUCGAGUCGUUUUCUCCUGUGAGGGAGUAAUAACGACUCGAAGUAAUCGGAUGAAAUUCAGGCUAUGAAAAAUGCACAUUAAGAUAAAAACGGUCAAGAAGUUUUUAAGUAUUUUAUAUCUCACUUCUAAUCUUUACGGGAUUCUGUCUCCUGAAGAAUCUCUAACCUGGAAAAACCAGUUCCCAUGAUCUAAAAAACACUCUUUCUAGACCUUACAAGGCCACACGGCUUGCUUAUAUCUGAAUAUUUUGAAAUUUCAGUUUCCAUCCCAGUCUUCCCCUGCUGGCGACAACCUCUGGCCAGCGGCAGUUUGCAGAGCCUGGUUCGGACAGUGAUGAGGAUCACGUCAACGCAAUGGAUCAAGAUACUGGGAUACAAGUGGAUAAUUCACUAAGAAUAUGGACAGGUGCGUGA